GAGGUUGAGCACAGACUGUUUGUUGCAAAUUUGCCAAAAACCCUGAAUGAUGAAGGGUUAAAGAAAGCUUUCGAGCCUUUCGGUAAAGUGCUCGAGGCGAAGGUGAUGCUUGAUAUCGAAACCGGGAUGUCGAGACGAAUGGGAUACGUCAAGUAUGCUGAUGGUCGUUCGGUCCUCGAAGCGAUUGAAGAAAUGCAC